AUGUCUACUUUGGUGACAUUUGAGCCUUACGGUACCCUCCCGCUCUCGGCAUUUGCGCUCAUCCUCGUGGUUGCCAGUAUUGGAAUAUAUUGGGUUGUGCGCCGGAAUAGACGCAGGAGGAUCGAAUGGGACGUCGAGAUGGUUGAAGCGGGGGAAGGCAGGAGGAGAAAGGGCUCCAUCGUGAUGAUGGUCCCUGUCCUAUCCGUGCUUGUUGGAGGAAUCCCUGCUGAUGGACGGAGGGAACGGGGUAGGGAUAAAUGUUUUCGGAGGGGAAGGUCGUGCUAUCUGCCAUUUUUGCGCACCUCCGAAGACUAUAUCGACAUCAACGGGUGUCUUAUACCCAAUAGUUCAAGAUGCAUGACUGAGAGGGGGAUGUCGUAG